AUGGUUGUUGACGGAAUUUUCCUUAAAGCAGCAUAUAAGGGUACCAUAUUGACUGCUUGCACACAGGAUGAAGCUGGAAAAAUCCUUCCACUUGCAUAUGCAAUUGUAGAUUCAGAGAAUAACAAAUCUUGGGAGUGGUUCUUCGUCCAGAUAAAGGGUACUUUUGGUGUUACGGAAGGGAUGUGUAUAGUUUCAGAUAGAAACGAAAGCAUCUUCAAUGCCACAAAAGCUAAUGUCAAGCGCAUAUUCCGGAAAUAUCACAAACAAUUGAAGGAUAUCUUCUUUGCUUUGGCUAGAGCUUACACGAUAGAGAAGUUUGACUACCAUAUGACAGAGAUGUGCAAAAUUGAUCCGAGGGUGCAACCUUACUUGUUCGAAAUUGGCUACAAAAGGUGGUCUAGGGCAUACUCCAACGUGAAAAGGUCGAUGGUAAUGGCUUCCAAUAUUGCAGAGUCAAUUAAUGCAGCAAACAAAGAUGCUAGAGAGUUACCAGUAAUGCGAUUGCUGGAGUACAUGACAAAUUUUCUACAACAGUGGAACAACAAAAACAGAAAAAGUGCAAUGGAGACAUCUACAGAGCUUGGCGAAAAGAUGUAUAACUCUGUGAGGCCUACUACGGAGCAGCUAUAUACUGUGCUUGAAGGGGUUAGGCGAAACAUAGUGUGCCUUGAAGAGGGAACAUGCAGUUGCGGAAAAUUUCAAAUGGAUGAACUUCCAUGUCCGCAUGCUUGGGCGGUUUUGAAGAACCAGCAGCUAAAGCCUGGCCAGUAUUACUCUUUUUACUACAAGAAGGAUAACCUCCUUUGA